UUCAGGUUGGACUCUUCUCGUUUACCCAUUAAUCCCAACCAUUCUGCAAAAUUUCAGCAAUUAGGUCACCAAUCAGACUCCAUUGGACAAUUUCUUCGGUCAACAGAUCGCUGAAUUCCAACGAGAAACCACCACCACACUCGCCUAUUUCUCUCUUUCUUUGAAACUUCUUGCGUGGUUCACUCGCUUCUUCUCUGCGCAUCAGCAAUUAACGCACCUCCGAUCUUCCUCCUACAAUGGCGAGUAACUGCUGCGGGUACUGUGGGCGCCGCACUUGGGCACUUCUACUCCUCGCCACUGCUAUACCAAUCGCCCUAAUCGCGUCCCUGGAGCGGGCAGCUACAGCUACCAAUGGCUCCCUCAGGUACAGGAGCGGCGGCUGGCUAAGGGAGUGCGCCAAGUGGGACCAUGCACGUCGCAGAUUUCUCAUAUCCACCUUCUUCGACGGAGGAGUCGCUGAGAUCCGCCUCCCCGCCAUCUCCGAUGGCUCCGAUGGCUCCGAUGGCUCCGACCUCCAGGAGCGCACAUUCAUCGCCGACGCUGAUGUCGCGGGAAACGCAUCGUUGGGCAUCUUAAUCGAUGCGAAGCGAGACCGGCUCCUUGUCGUGUACGCUGAAGUCAUGGGAUUAUCCUCGUCGGCGGUUGCAGCUUACGGCCUUGAGUCCGGCGAGCGCUUCUUCCUUACUCGCCUCAGCCGUCCAGGUGCGCCGCUCUAUCUCCUACCCCACCUCUCUCUCUUCUCUUAUUUCAAUCUGAACUCACUGGCGUCGUUUGAUAUGGGUUGGACUGGACGGUAAAUAAUCAUAUUAAUAAAAAACUGGCCUUCUUUUGCAUCUGCUUGGUCGGACACAGCAUGUGCGGUUUACAAUUGUAAACUAAUCAUUGGACGGACGAAUGUAGGUUUUGUACUUCUAAAUUCUAAUUAUUACAUAUUUUGUCAAAUUUUUUCA